AUAAUGCCCUUCAGCAAAGGAAUUAGAGCUCGGCCGUAUUGCAGCAAACCUCCCUGGUUAAAAUCUCUUCCUCAGUCCUGUAACACAACUAUCUUAUAACAACUUCCCUAUCUACAAGGCUCUUUUAGACCUGGGCUUUAUAUUCUGCAAGCAGAGGAUGAGAUUUUGCCAAGGAGGAAAGAUUUUCUUGAAGCAGAAAGACUGAAGAGUGCUAUCACUCACCGAGCUUGGCCAGGAAGGGAUGGAGCAGCGGGUAAUCUUACUGAAGCCUCCUACAGCCGCAUCUACAGGCGUGUAAGCUGCUGAAUGCUAAGAGUGGUGGCCUGAAAGAGAGCUCAUGUUUUGCUUGCAUUAACUGGAUGGUAUUUGGACUUCCGAAUCAAUCCCUUCCUCGCCUUCCCAGACACUUACAGAAGAAGGGACCUCUAAACCCUUAAGCAGGAUGAACAAGACCAAGGGAGCUUCUGAGAGCCCAGAGCUCUGGAGCCCAGGUGGCACACAGAGCACCUCCUUGACCAGCGUGGCACCACCAUUUGGAUUCGGCCAACAGGCCACGGACAAAGCCCUGAAUGCGAUCCUUAUUGUGGUCCUCUUCGUCACCAUGGUGUCUCUGCGGUGUACGAUGGAGAUAGCCAAGAUCACAACUCACCUCAGGAAACCCAAAGGCGUGGCAAUUGCCAUAAUGGCUCAGUACGGCAUCAUGCCCUUGACGGCAUUCAUACUGGGCAAGCUUUUCCAGCUGGGUACUACAGAAUCCCUGGCCAUCCUUAUCUGCAGCUGCUGCCCAGGGGGAAACGUCUCCAACAUCUUUAGUCUGGCACUGAAAGGGGACAUGAACCUCAGCAUUGUAAUGACCACAUGCUCAACGGUCCCAGCAAUUGGACUAAUGCCUCUGCUUCUGUACCUUUACUCGGGGGGACUAUACGAGGGUGAUUUGGAGGGCAAGAUACCUUACAAAGGAAUAACCACCUCUCUGGUGCUAAUGCUAAUCCCCUGUGCCAUUGGCAUCAUCCUGAAUGAGAAGAAACCACAGUACACUGGCUUUAUCAUCAAGGCAGGGAUGGUUGUGCUUCUACUGUCAUCUGCUGCAAUAAUCGUUCUGUCUGUGGCCAAUGUGGGAAGCGGUAUCAUGGUCAUCUUCUCACCAUCCCUCCUGGGAUCUUCUGCCUUGAUGCCUUUUGUUGGAUUCCUGCUGGGCUAUGUUCUCUCUGCAGUCUUCAAGCUUAAUGACCGAUGCAGGCGGACAGUGUGCAUGGAAACUGGCUGCCAAAAUGUACAGCUUUGCUCGACUAUCCUCAAGGUCACUUUCGCCCCAGAAAUCAUCGGCCCCCUGUACUUCUUCCCACUGCUCUACUUGCUGUUCCAGCUUGGAGAGGGACUUGUGCUCAUCCUGGUCUUUAGGAUCCAUGACAGAAUAAAGAAACCAAGCGGCGAGUACAGCUUUGCUCCUGUAUUUCUUACCCUUUCCAGUCCAAACCACAUAUGCUUACAUAUAAUUACCAAUGAAUUGCUACUUUCUAGGCAGAAUCAGGUUGCCCUUUAACUCAGUUACUGUACCCAAUGCAUUAAUACAAAUCACGGUCAAAAAUUCAUAGGUGGAUGAAGACAUUAGAAAUUAUGACUUCUUCCAUCAGCAGAAUGUUUCAUAUACUAUCUGUAUUAUCAGUGCUCAGAGGUUUUCAGUCUCCUGUGCUUAAACUAGGACGGGCAUCCUGCAAAAGCUACAAUUUGCAC